UUGAGGGAACUCUGGGUCUUCAGACAGACCUUAGUUGUGAUCCUUACCCCUAUACUCCUCUUACCCUUACCGCUAUGUCUACCUGGUCAGGAAUAUAAGGCAGCCUAUGGGCUUUUAAUCAUGGCUGUGUUUUGGGUGACAGAGACAAUACCUCUUCCGGUGACUGCUUUAUUGCCCAUGGUUAUCUUUCCCUUGCUGGGCGUGGCUGACGCUCGUGAGAUCAGUCGUGAAUAUCUCAAGGACACGAACAUGUUAUUUGUGGGCGGUUUCAUGAUGGCCGUUGCAGUAGAGAGAUGGAAUCUCCACAAGCGGAUCGCACUCAGGGUACUGCUACUAGUUGGGCCAGAACCAAAAUGGCUGAUGCUCGGGUUCAUGCUGCCCUCCGCCUUCCUCUCCAUGUGGAUCAGUAAUACAGCCACCACGGCCAUGAUUGUUCCCAUCGCUAGAGCCGUGGUGGAGCAGCUUAUCGCCACUCGCACCAGCAAUGUGACGGCCACAGAAGACUCUUUGGACCAAAACUCUCUCGAUUCACACUCCGUAAGUCGUGCUUCUGCCAUAGAAACUGAAGUUCGCCACAUCCAGAUGAUAAAUCUAAGAAAGCCACCAGUUAAUGAGAAAAGGGAAAACAGCUAUGACGUAACAGUUGUCCAAGUAACAAAGCCAAACGAUCUGGAUGGCAUACGGAAAGGCAUGACGCUUUGUGUGGCCUACGCUGCCACGUGCGGGGGCGUGGCUACACUUACUGGCACAGGGCCAAAUUUGGUAUUCAAGGGCCAGACUGACAGUUUGUUUAACCACGAUGCAGGUGUAAACUUCACGAGCUGGUUUGUGUUCGCAUUCCCGUGUACGGUGAUGUCGUUGAUGGCGUGCUACGUUUGGCUCCAAGUUAACUUUCUUGGAAUAAGGAAUUCAGUAUUUGUCUGCAAGCGACGAACUGAAGACAGACUCAAAGAACAGGCGGCUACAGAGGUCCUGCUCCGUAAAGAGCUGAAUGCCCUCGGGCCAAUGACGUUCGCAGAAGUGAUGGUUGCCAUCCACUUCAUUGCCUUGGCAUUGCUGUGGCUCACCAGAGAAUCAGAUUUUUUCAGGGGGUGGGGAAAUGUGCUACCUGCAGGGACGGCCUCCGAUUCAACCCCAGCUAUUUUGCUAGCCAUUUCUUUAUUCAUAGUUCCAUCAGCUCGCCCAAAUUUUCUGUGCCUUCGAUCGAAAAAUGGCAGGGACAGUAACAAUCCCGGUCCCCGGGUCGCCCUUCUGGACUGGGACACGGUCACGCACAAAUUCUCUUGGGGCAUCGUCCUCCUUCUGGGCGGAGGCUAUGCCCUGGCUCUUGCCUGUCAGAAAUCUGGUUUGUCACAGUUGUUGGCCAGUGAGUUAACAGUGUUCCGGGAUAUACCCCCAUGGGCCCUCUGUAUAAUCAUCACAACCAUGAUAGCCGCCAUUACCGAGGUCACCAGCAAUGUUGCUAUAGCAACAAUAUUUUUACCAAUCCUGGCACAACUGAGCGUCGGCAUUGGCGUCCACCCUCUCUACCUGAUGAUACCCGGAUGCAUGUCCACUUCCUUUGCAUUCAUGUUACCUGUUGCCACGCCCCCUAACGCCAUCGUCUUCUCUUAUGGGACUGUCCGAGUUCUGGACAUGGCCAAAGCAGGGCUUGUGUUGAACCUGAUUUGCGUCGCCAUCGUGAAUUUGGCCAUUAACACCUGGGGUUACGCCUACUUCCGGCUGGGCGAGUUCCCUGAUUGGGCAAAUAGAACUCACAGUGUAUCCAAUCAAAUUGGUCACUGUGUCAAUGUGACGACAAUUUAG